AUGCUUGGCAGCUCCCCCGCCUCUCUCCCUUUGCUCUACAGACCUCCAUACGGGUACUUACGUCAGCUGCUGCCUGGUGCAGUGCACGCUCACUGCUCUAAUCUAAUCUGUGAAGAGGAGCACGGUGCAUUUUCCCUCUCUGACCACAGGAAGGCACCGGAGAACUGUCCUCCAGGAAGGAUCCUGUACUCAGUGUCUGCCUCAGACCUGGACUUUGGAGAAAACGCAAAAGUGACGUACUCUAUUCUAGAGUCUAAAGUGCAGGACGUGUCAGUCUCGUCUUAUGUGUACAUCAACUCAGAGAACGGCAGCAUCUACAGCAUGCACUCGUUUGACUACGAGAAGCUCAAGGUGUUUCAGAUCAUGGUCCAGGCCAAGGACCAGGGCUCUCCGAGCCUCAGCAGCAACGCCACAGUCCAUGUGUUUAUCCUGGACCUGAACGACAACGCCCCCGCUGUCAUCUACCCCUCCUCCGCGGGCCUGGGCUCCCUCUCUCUCCAGAGGAUGCCCCGCACCGCUAAAGCGGCUCACCUGGUCACAAAGGUGACGGCCGUGGACGCAGACUCGGGCCAUAACGCGUGGAUCUCGUACAAAGUGGCGGAGGCCACGGACGCGUCUCUGUUCACUGUGAACCAGUACACAGGGGAGGUGAGGACUAAACGCGCUGUGGUCGAGCAGGACGACUCCUCUCAGAGGCUGCUCAUAGAGAUCAGGGACGACGGGGACCCGGUGCAGUCCGCCACCGUCACGGUGUCCAUCCUGAUGGAGGACGGUCUGCACGAGCCCAUCCUGGACAUCAGGCACAAAGCAGCAGAGUCCAGCGGGAAAACUGGCCGCCUCGCUCUCUACCUGAUCCUGUCUCUGGCCUCUGUGUCCGUGCUGUCUCUGGUGACGUUUCUCAUCUUAGCGGUGAAAUGUGUGAAGAGCAGCAGGGGCAGCUGCUGCGUCAGACACAGUGACUGUGAUGAUUACAAGAACCCCAACAGAAACCUGCAGAUCCAGCUCAACACUGACGGCCCAAUAAAGUAUGUGGAGGUCCUGGGGGGAGACAUGAUGUCCCAGAGCCAGUCGUUCAGGUCCUGCAUGUCUCCAAUGUCAGAGUACAGUGACUUCACUCUGAUUAAGCCCAGCAGCACCUCUGACUUUAAGGAGGUCAUCAGUGUCCUGGACGCGUCUCUGCCAGACAGCACGUGGACCUUUGAGAGUCAGCAGAUCAUGGUCCAGGCCAAGGACCAGGGCUCUCCGAGCCUCAGCAGCAACGCCACAGUCCAUGUGUUUAUCCUGGACCUGAACGACAACGCCCCCGCUGUCAUCUACCCCUCAUCCGCGGGCCUGGGCUCCCUCUCUCUCCAGAGGAUGCCCCGCUCCGCUAAAGCGGCUCACCUGGUCACAAAGGUGACGGCCGUGGACGCAGACUCGGGCCAUAACGCGUGGAUCUCGUACAAAGUGGCGGAGGCCACGGACGCGUCUCUGUUCACUGUGAACCAGUACACAGGGGAGGUGAGGACUAAACGCGCUGUGGUCGAGCAGGACGACUCCUCUCAGAGGCUGCUCAUAGAGAUCAGGGACGACGGGGACCCGGUGCAGUCCGCCACCGUCACGGUGUCCAUCCUGAUGGAGGACGGUCUGCACGAGCCCAUCCUGGACAUCAGGCACAAAGCAGCGGAGUCCAGCGGGAAAACUGGCCGCCUCGCUCUCUACCUGAUCCUGUCUCUGGCCUCUGUGUCCGUGCUGUCUCUGGUGACGUUUCUCAUCUUAGCGGUGAAAUGUGUGAAGAGCAGCAGGGGCAGCUGCUGCGUCAGACACAGUGACUGUGAUGAUUACAAGAACCCCAACAGAAACCUGCAGAUCCAGCUCAACACUGACGGCCCUAUAAAGUAUGUGGAGGUCCUGGGGGGAGACAUGAUGUCCCAGAGCCAGUCGUUCAGGUCCUGCAUGUCUCCAAUGUCAGAGUACAGUGACUUCACUCUGAUUAAGCCCAGCAGCACCUCUGACUUUAAGGAGGUCAUCAGUGUCCUGGACGCGUCUCUGCCAGACAGCACGUGGACCUUUGAGAGUCAGCAGGUGAGAACAUGA